AUGAGUCUUUUUUUUAAGCAACUCUACUUUCAUGCCCUAUCCCCGUCUAAGACAGUCAUGGACACCAGACACGAUCUGGAAAUGUAUCGAAAAGAUGGCGCAGAAGAGCAAGAAGGGACAAGAAGUUUGCAACAAGUACCUUCUACUAUACAGGAGGAACAAUCAAUUCCUUUUCCCUACCGACCUCAAUGGACAUCCGAAACUGAUGAUAAUAAGGGCUGGUGGGACAACAACCACCAUAACCACCCCGUGGGACGCCCUUUGUUAUCUAUACACCAUCAACUCUCGGUCCCAAAGAAAAAUUCCAAAAAGAAGAUGAAAUUCACAUAUCUGAAACAGUUGUCCGUCAACAAUCAACGUAUCUUGGAAAUCGAGCCAGCAAAAGAUUAUCAAAGCCGUAUUCGGAGCGUCAAUCACGGCUCCCAAGAGAAGGGACAGAGAUUACUUGAUCACAAUCCGACAGGAGAACGACCAAUAUCUUUUUCCUCGAGAUCGGAAUGGGAACGUGAUCCCAGGCCUAGAAUUUUUACGGACAAAAGUAGUGAUGCCACCAUGCCAAAAUUGCCUGAGUUGCUAGACAUGCUGAAGAAUGACCAUCGCAGGAUCCACGAAACUACGGACCAUUCUGGAAUGGUUGUUUGGAUGUUGGAUGAUCGUGGCAUCAUGUUUCAAUGGAACGAAAUGUCACAAAACAUGGAUUGCAUGGGAGCUAAUCUGAGGGAAGAGGAACUUAGACGUCGAACAAAGGAAGAGUGGGCGAGGAGUUUGAUGGCUGAGCCGAUAGAAAUGGUAUGGGAAGGAUCUGCGAAGAAAAGACGUAGGAGGUUGAAGAAUAAAUAG